UAUUCUUCCGCCAAAUAUGGCUGGCCAGCUGAUGAUGCUGGGGCGCCGCUCCUGCUCUCAACUCGCCUUCUCUCCUCACGCCUUCCCUCUCCUUGCUUACACUUUCUCCCGUCAACUACAUAAGCAUCAUAGGAACAACACACAACUGAAAACUUUUCCAUCAAGCCGCAGGGUGUACAGCAAGGUAGGAUUAAGCACAUCAGGAUGGUCUUCAACACCAGGGCCUCUGAGAGGAAAGUUUCAAGCAUGGCAGAUGCACCAGGGACUUGGUGUGCGCAACUGUUUUCACCCAGGAGCCAGUGCUCUCACAAGAGACUAUGUUGGGGUUGCUGCAAAGGAAGUGACGGGGCGGGAGAUGCUGGGGGCUCUGGCAUCACAUGUCUGGCCAAAAGAAAGCCCAGCAGUUAAAGCACGUGUGAUGACUGCUCUUGGACUUUUGGUUACAGCUAAGCUGGUCAACGUACAGGUACCUUUCAUAUUUAAGGAUGCCAUUAAUUAUUUGAAUGAGUACACUGGAGAUGUGCUGGCCAUGACAGACCCAUCAUCAACUGUGGCCACAACUGCUAUAUCUCUUAUGAUUGGAUAUGGAAUUGCCCGUACAGGAGCUGCUGGUUUCAACGAGCUUCGCAAUGCUGUGUUUGCUAAAGUUGCACAGGAUUCCAUCCGGAAAAUUGCAAGGAAUGUAUUUCUGCAUCUCCAUAGUCUUGACCUGAAUUUUCAUCUGAACAGGCAGACUGGGGCACUGUCCAAGGCUAUUGACCGAGGCAGUCGAGGAAUCAAUUUUGUGAUGUCGGCGCUCGUGUUCAAUGUUGUUCCCACAAUAUUUGAAGUGAGCCUUGUAUCAGGGAUAUUGGCCUAUAAAUGUGGUUGGGAGUUUGCUGCUGUAACAGUAAUGUCAAUUGCAGCAUAUGCGGCAUUUACCUUGAGCAUCACACAGUGGCGCACACAUUUUCGUGUACAGAUGAAUAAAGCUGAGAAUGAAGCUGGGAACAGAGCCAUAGACUCACUAAUCAACUAUGAGACUGUUAAGUACUUUGGCAAUGAGAACUACGAGGCUGACCAAUAUGAUAAGUACCUGAAGAAGUAUGAGCGAGCCUCCUUGAAAACUGCAACAUCCUUGGCCUUGUUAAAUUGGGGUCAGAAUGCAAUAUUCAGUGUUGCACUGUCAGCCAUGAUGGUCCUUGCAACCAAGGAAAUUAUUGCAGGUAAUUUAACGGUUGGUGACCUUGUCAUGGUUAAUGGGCUUUUGUUCCAACUGUCCUUGCCUCUAAAUUUCCUGGGGUCAGUUUACCGUGAGGUCCGCCAGGCUCUCAUUGACAUGCAAACCAUGUUUACAUUGAUGAAACAGCCUGCUGCUAUUAUGGAUGCCCAAUCUGCAGUUCCACUGAGAAUUUCUCAGGAAGAGGCAACAAUAACUUUUAAAAAUGUAAGCUUUGCAUACACACCAGAGAAUCUUAUCUUAAAUAACCUGAGUUUCACUGUUCCUGCUGGCAAGAAGAUCGCUAUUGUUGGAGGCUCAGGAUCAGGGAAAUCCACAAUUGUGCGUCUCUUGUAUCGCUUCUAUGAACCCAACAGUGGUAGCAUUACAAUCAACAAUCAAGAUAUUGCUGCUGUAACCAUGGAUAGUUUAAGAAGGGUCAUUGCUGUAGUCCCUCAGGACUGUGUGUUAUUCCAUGACACCAUAGCAUACAACCUGCACUAUGGUGACCUCUCUAAGGAUAGCAGCGAAGUGGAGAAGGUUGCAAAGAUAGCCGAGCUCCAUGAUUCCAUUAUCAGCUGGAGCAAGGGAUAUAAUACUCAGGUGGGCGAGCGGGGCCUGAAGUUGUCUGGUGGAGAGAAGCAGAGGGUAGCAAUUGCACGAGCGAUUUUGAAAAAUGCACCUAUACUGAUCUUUGAUGAAGCGACUUCCUCCCUUGAUUCUAUUACUGAACAGAGUAUAAUGGGUGCCUUGAGAUAUGCUACAGAAGGAAGAACAUCUAUUUGUAUAGCUCACCGUCUGUCAACCAUAAUUGAUGCUGACGAAAUCCUUGUUUUGGACGAGGGUCGUGUUGCAGAGCAGGGCACACAUGAACACCUGCUUGUUCAAGAUGGGUAUUAUACAAAGCUGUGGAAUUCACAGCACAAUUUGCAAAGAGAAUGAGUUCCUAUGGCUGGUGUCUUAACUUAGCAGCAGAAUUUGAUAGAAUAAUUCCAUUAAAUAUAAAUUUAUUUUAGUUUUCUAUAGUGAGAUAUAUUAUCUUCAGAUUUCAACUACAGUAAUGGUAAUGUAAUGCUGCAUUACCAUUAUAUUGCAGGCAUCUUCUACAUUAUUGCUUUGGCUGCUAACUGCAUAAUUCAGUACUGUACUGAAAUAAGUUUCCUAUGAUGAAACUGGCAGAUAAUUGUGGUUAUAGGUGUACAUAGGUAAUUGCAGUAUGAUUAUAUAUUACUAUUUAUAUUAAAUUGGGUAUCUCAUCCUUUAUUUUGAUCAAAACUAUUUAUUUAUUUUGUCUUGUUUGUGUUAAGUGGCAUGUGUGAUAUGAGGUGUUGAUAUUGGCAUGCAGCAUUCAGUACUUACAUGAUUGUGGAAGGAAGAACCCUUUAGUUAGAGAUUUAUGGAUCUCUUGGUAUAUGUGUAUAUGCAACAACAAUCAUGUAAACACUGAUUAAAGUAUGCAGAAAAACCGGUGAAAAAAAAGCAAUGAAACCCAUCACCAAACUAUGGAACAGAAUUAGAUGGCAAAGGUACCAGAGAAGUGUGAAGGACUGGGUGGUGCUUGAGCCUGGUUAACUUGCACUGCCCUCUAUUGACAGGAGGGAUAAGCAGUGGAGUGUAUUUUUUUCUUUUUAGGGAUAGUGUUGCAUUUUGUUUGGUAAUCGUUUUGAUCAAAAAUUUCUCGAGUGUUUGAAGGCAUCCCAGUGUGAUGCAUUUUUUGGAUAAUUACUUCUCGAGUGCUUUUGAGUUUUUGUGACUUCGGGUGUUUUAAGUUGGGUGUUCUUGGUUUGUUAUCAGACACCCUCAGUUUCAAAAUCUGGGGACGGCAGGAUUCCGGCACUUGUAGGUCAUGAAAAAGUCUGAGAUGGUAUUGGAUCUGGGGGAAGGUAUCAGUGCAUAAACUGUGGGGACCAGCUCAAAAAAAAUAUACAAAUAAAACUUUAAUUUCUUGGUAGGCUUUAGCCACCUGUUCCACCAGUUAAAGAAAGCAAGGUGGCAUUACGAGUAGUAAGUAAUGGUAAUGCCUUCUUAUAGACAUAACAUAGGAUAAAAACCCCCACUUGUGAAAUUUAUGUAAGAAAUUUACACCAAGUCUUUUGCACUCGCCCGAGUGCUUUGUCAAGGUCUGAGUGUGAGAUUUACAUCACAAUGUCUAGUGAGGCUAUCCUGGGUCCAGUCCUCUUAUCCUUCUUGACCUCCUGACCACGUCACCUCUAAUUCCUACUGCUGAUGUCCCUGCGGUAAAGUCUUCUACGGAAUUAUGGUCAUGUGACCUUUCUGUAAUCGUGCUAUUCUGGGAACUGGGUGUUAUUAAUAGAGGUGUUCAUCUGGAUGCUAUACCUCGUAACCCUCCAUACCCCCAAGGAACUAAUGGGACUGCUUCCAUUCACUACCCUUAUAGUUACAUUACAUCCACUAUUCUUCACUAUUCGAUCCUUUUCCCAAAGGCUCACAAUAUUAAUUUUCAGUGUGAAAUAAUCUAUAAAAGUAAUAAUAUAAUAACUGUAAGGGUAGUGGAAGGGGUUUUAAUAAAGACUGAAUACUUUUGCUGGCAACAAAAGCUUUACGUCUGAAGAUAGCUUUACUAGGAAAGUGAUUGAGUGAAUUAAAAUUAGUCUCAAUAAAUGGAUGAAGGAAAGAAGUCCCAUUAGUUCUUUGGGGGUAUGGAGGGUUACGAGGUAUAACAUCCAGAGGAACACCUCUAUAAAUAACAACUCGACAGCCAGCGUGUCUAAGCACAACAAUUUUGCAGUUGAAGUAUAUUUUCUGUAUAAAAUUGUCUCGUGAGCAAAUGAUUACACUCACAUAUAGCAAAGUUGAUUUUUGUGGUAAUAUGCUGUUUCAUUUACUAUUAACAGCUUUGGUGGGUUUUGCAAGUAUUGUACAUAUUGUGAAUAGUGCAAAAUAUAACAUUUUUUUUAA